AUGGCCAUCGAGGAUGAGGAGAUCACCGGGCCCAGCAACAGUGGCAGGAAUGAACCUGCCGUGGACUUUCUCCCGAAGACGGCCUCCGCCUAUGGCGAUCCUCGUUACUGGUCGUUUUCUGAUUCUAUAUAUUUCCGGUUCACGGCGGAGGAGCACUAUGAGUGGCUCAAAGAGUACUCGCACUUUCAGCACCUCAUCCUUCCAAAUAUAUGCCCCGAACAUUCUAUUUUAGAAUUGGGUUGUGGGAAUUCACAACUCAGCGAAGAUCUGCACGGUGAGGGUGUGAUCGAUGUAACUUGUAUCGAUCUCUCUGCGAUUGCUGUGCAGAGGAUGAGACAACGCUUGAAAGAAAAAGGAAUCAAAGUGAUUCAGGCUGACAUGCUUGACCUUCCAUUUGAGAGUGAGAGCUUUGAUAUUGUUAUAGAAAAAGGAACAAUGGAUGUAUUGUACGUUGACAGUGGUGAUCCAUGGAAUCCCAGGUCUGAUACAGUAAGCAAAGUGAUGCAAAUGCUAACAGGCGUGCACAAGGUUCUGAAACCAGAUGGAAUUUUCAUCUCCAUUUCUUUUGGACAGCCACACUUCAGGCGUCAACUGUUUGAAGCUCCAUGUUUUACAUGGUCUGUCGAAUGGAAAACAUUUGGGGAAGGAUUUCAUUAUUUCGUAUACACUCUGAAGAAGGGAAGGCGGUCUUGUGAAAGCAAAUACCCGAGCAUUGAUGAUGCGUGCGUUGUUCCCGGAAUGAGUUUGAUCCACGAUGAGCUGGACGAUGAGGAUUUUAUAUUUCGAGUUGAUAUAUAGACGGACUGGGAAUUUAAUUGGCAUACUUUUUGUUUUUCCCGACACCCUUGUUUAGUACUAGUAUAACUUCUAAGUUUUUUAUUUUUUGUUUUCAAACAAAGCCUUAAGACAUCUAAAAAGUUAUUGGCUUUUAAUCAUCCA